AUGAAUAAAAAAUCACACCAACAGCAAGUGCUUCAACAACAGCAACAACAACAGCAACAACAAUUUCAGCAGCAGCAUUUUCAACAACAACAACAGCAACAACAAUUCCAGCAACAACAACAGCAACAGCAACAACUACAACAGCAACAACUACAACAGCAACAGCAACAACAAAUACAACAGCAACAACAAAUUCAACAGCAGCAACAACAACAGCAGCAACAACAACAGCAAAUACAACAACAACAACAACCACAGCAAAUACAACAACCACAACAACAAUUACCCAAUUUUUCAGUACCAAUAAUCAACCAAUCAAUAAUUUCUAAUAUUAAAUUAUAUUCAACAUUUGAAACAUUAUUACUUUCAUUAAGUAGUACAGAUACAAGAGAACAAACCAAAGCAAUCAUUUAUUUAUCAUCAUUAACAAUUAAUAAUAAAUCCAAUGGAAUUGAUUUAGUAUAUUGUAUUCAAAAACAAUUAGUAGUUGAAGCACAUAAUCAUAUUAAAGUAUUAUUAAUAAAUCUAUUAGGUGAUAUAUCUUUAGAUCCUUUCAUUGAUUCAUUUCAUAUUUUAAAUAAAUUAUUAUAUUUAAUAAGAAAUGAAAAAUCAAAAAAAGUAUUAUCAUCAUGUUUAAUUAAUAUAAAUAAAAUUAGUAAAAGUUUAACAUUUUCAAAGGGUAAUGAUGUUAAUAGUAGUAGUAGUAGUUUAAUCAAUCAAAUCAUUGAAUAUAUUGAACCAUUAUUACAUUCAACAAGUCCAUUGGUAAGAAGGGAAACCAUUGUAUUGUUAGGUUCAAUAGUAAAGAAUUUAGAUAAAGAAUCUGAAGAGAUACAAAUCCUAUUAUUAAAUUAUUUAAAAGAUACUGAUUUUAGAGUUAGAGAAGCAUCAUUGAAAUCAUUAUCUGUCAUUUUUCAAAGGGGUGCAAGUUUAUCAGUUAAUAAAUUAUAUCAAUCCAUCAUUCUACUAUUAUUGGAUAGUUUUGAACAAGUUAGAUUAGAAUGUAUAAAAUUAAUUUGGAUAUUUGGUAACAUUUAUCCAAAUCAUAUUGUAGUUAGUGGUGGUACUAAAAUUAGAUUAGUUGAUGAUGUCUUUAAAAAGAUUUGUAAUGCUGUUAAUGACUCUUCGGUUAUAGUUAGAAAUUGUGCUUGCAAAUUAUUAGGUUGUACAUAUGAUGUUUCAUUGAAUUACUUAAUUCAAACUCUUAGUAAAGAAGUUAUGGUUUGGGGUAAAGGUAAACAAUAUCAAAUUGGUCAUAGUAGUAUUACAAAACAAAGAUUACAACAAAAGCAACAACAACAACAACAACAGCAACAGCAACAACAACAACAACCACCACAGCAACAACCUAGUCAACAACCAAAUCAACAACCAAAUCAACAACAAACCAAUGUUAGUGGUACACAUAUUGCAACACCAGAAGGUGAUUUUGAUGUAGUUGGAUCAGAUUCGUUAAAUAUUUUAGAGAGUGGUGUUAUUGGUGCAUUUAUUCAAGGAUUAGAAGACGAAUUUUAUGAAGUUAGAUCAUCAGCAAUUGAUAGUAUGUGUGAGUUGAGUGUAAGAAAUGAUGAAUUUGCUCAAAAGAAUAUAGAUUUCUUGGUUGAUAUUUUCAAUGAUGAAAUUGAAUCAGUUAGAAUUAAUUCAAUCAAUAGUUUACGUAAAAUUGGUAAUAAUGUAGUUAUAAAAGAAGAACAGUUACAUAUUAUAUUAGCCAAUUUAGAAUCAUCAAGUAAAGAAGAGAGACAAUCACUUCAUCGUUUAUUAACAAGUAUUCAUCUUUCAAAUUAUUCUUGUUUACAUGCAACUACUCAAGCAUUAUUAAUGAAUCUCUCAAGAUACCCAUACGAUAUUCAUUCAAUAUUUGAAACUUUGAAAAUCAUUGGUCAAACUAAUCCAUUCACAGAGUUUAUAGUCGAUGAUCUAUUAAGAAUUGAUCCAAAAUUUGCAUCAGUUGAACCAAAUAUGGAUGAUAUAUUCUAUGUAGCUGUAAUGGUUUUAGUAUUAAAUAGUUGUAUUAAAAAUCGUAAUAUUCUAUCAUUAUUACCUUCAUUCUCUUUUCAACAUCAUCUUUACUUUAAAGAUAAAUAUCCAAAAUAUUUUCCUCAAAAUCUACAAAAAGAUUCAAAUAUAAUUUUAGCACCAACUUUAAAAUAUUCUUCAGUUGUAAAUAAUAAUAAUAAUAAAAAUAAUAACAAUAAUACAACAACAACAUCAAUAAUUAAUGAUAAUGGUGAAAUUAAUCAAUUUUUAAAUUUAACAUUGUCAUUAUUAUAUGGAGAUAAUAAUAAUAUUAUUAAUAACAAUAAUACUAAUAAUAAUAAUAAUAAUAAUAAUAAUAAUAAUAAUAAUAAUAAUAAUAAUAAUAAUAAUAAUAAUGAUGAAAAUGAUGAAAAUUUAAAUUAUGGAUUUCAAAGAUUAUUUUUAAAUCAAAAGAAAGAAAUUCAAUUAAAUAAAUUAUUUCAAGAAUGUAAAAGAAAUUUCAAAAGAAUAUCAAGUAUUUGUUUAUCAUUAAAACCAACAUCAGAUUUUUAUAAUAAAUAUUUGAAAAUUUUAACAACUAUUGUAUCUUCAUCAAGAAGAUUUAAAACAAUUACAACUUCAAAUCAAUUGAAUCAUUUACUUUAUAAAUUAAAUCAUAAAUUCAUUGGUGUUGAUAAUAAUUGUAAAUUAAUUUUAAUGGAAAUUGGUAUCUAUUCUUUUAUAAUUGAAAUCUUAUCAACCAUUACCCUAUCAACUUCAUCACCACCAACAACAACAACAACAACUAGUUCAACUUCACUUUUCACCUCUAUAAAUUCAACUCCUAUAGAAUUAUCAAAUGAUCAAAUUAAUCAAUUAACAAAAAAAUUAAAUGAAUAUUUUAAAUUUUCAAAUGAUUUUAAAUUAGAAAUUUCAACUUCAAUUAAAUCAUUAUUAGAUUUAUUUAAUAUUAAAAAUAAUAAUAUUAAUAAUAAUAAUAAUAUCAUUAAUAAAAAAGACAAAAAAUUAAAAGAAAAUGAAGAAAAUGAAGAAAAUGAAGAAAAUGAAAAUAAUGAAAAUGAAAAUGAAAAAGAAAAUGGUAAAAAUAAAGAAAAGGAGAAAAAUGAAAAUGAUAAUGAAAAUGAAAAUGAAAAUGAAAGACCAAGUAAAAUUCAAAAAACUACUUCAGAAUUAAUAAAAACGACGACAACAACAUCAACAUCAACAUCAACAUUAAUACAUUAUAAUUUAAUUGAAUGGACAGAUAAUUAUAUACCACCAAUAUUAAAGAUUAGUAAUUUAAUUAAAAAGAAAUCUGUUGAUGUUAUUUUACCAAUUCCAAAUGAUAAACCAAUUGAAUUUUUGGAUAUAUUCCCAUUGAAAUUAAUGAUAAAUGCAAAGAUUGAAAAUAUUAGAAAUUUAGAUUCCUUAUUUAUUCAAAGCACUUGGCAAUCUAUUCAUACAGGUCAACUAAAUUCUCAAAUUCAUAUUAUUCCAAAAUCAGCUUUCACUCCAACCAAACCCUUAUCAUACAAUAUCUCUUGCUCAAUUUAUUUAUCAUUACAAAACAUUCGUCAUAAUAGAUUAUCCUCAAAAGAAUCAAUACCAUUAAGAAUUUCAAUAGUAGAACAAUUUUUAAAUAAUAAUAAUAAUAAUAAUGUUACAAUAAUACCAUUAUCUAAAUUUGUAAUAUUUAAUAUAUUACCAGUUGAUAAUGUAAAUUUAUUGCCAAAUUUGAUUUAA